GCGAAUUCAAAAUGGGUGAUGUUGAGAAGGGCAAGAAGAUUUUUGUUCAGAAGUGUGCCCAGUGCCACACCGUGGAAAAGGGAGGCAAGCACAAGACUGGGCCAAAUCUGCAUGGUCUGUUUGGGCGGAAGACAGGUCAGGCCCCUGGAUUCUCUUAUACAGAUGCCAACAAGAACAAAGGUAUCACUUGGGACAACGAGACACUGAUGGAGUAUUUGGAGAAUCCCAAGAAGUACAUCCCUGGAACAAAAAUGAUCUUUGCUGGCAUUAAAAAGAGGGCAGAAAGGGAAGACUUGAUAGCUUAUCUCAAAGAAGCUACUAAUGAGUAAUAGUUGGCCACUGUGUUAUUUAUUACAAAACAAAUGUCUUGACUUUUUUACAUGUACCAUAUUUAAAUUGAUCUCAUACACUAGAAUUCAGAUCAUGAAUGGCCUCAUUUUUGUUGGACAGUCCUGAGUUAAAUAAGAUUAGCUAUAGUUAAAUUAAUAUGAACAAGCUUUUUAAAUUUUGAUAGUAAU